AUGCCGCCAAGGAGAAGACCCUCUCGGGCCGACGAGGACUCACCGCCUAUACGGACUGGCCCGGCCGUCACUCAGAACCUACCUAGCAUGCCAUCCAGGUUCGAUACAUCUUAUGGUUCCGCUCCCUCCACUAUGCCGAGGAACAGUCGUCGCGGACAAGUUCGCAAUAUCCAGGUCGCUCUCGAGGACGCACUGAAUGACGAUGACGACAGUGAUGAUGGCGGCCCGCGUCGCGCGAGGCGACCAUCCGUCCCACCGAGACCGAAUCGCAGACAGCAGCCUGAGCCGGAGCAAGAGUCAGAGUCGGAGUCGGAGCCAGAGCCGGAACCAGGACGCCAGUCGGAGCCGGACAAUGAGCCAGACUUCGAUCCUGGUUUUGACGCAGCCUCGAAUUCACCUGCUAGCAGACACAGCUCACCGCCGCGGCAGAGUCCCCCGAGACGAGGUAAGCCCGGCCACGUGGACAUCCCUUUGUCCCUUGUUUGCAUUGUACCAGUCUCAGAUCUCUUACUAAGACAACACCAGCCUCAUCGGUCGACCCUGCCGAAUUCCAGCCAGCUGCCCAUCGCGGAGGUCGCGACCAGAGGAUCUUGCCUACUUCAGCUCCCCUCAGAGGCCCUAAUCUUCCGCCGCCAGUAA